AUGUCGCAAAGGACGCCGCAGAGCCGAAACGACACGGGGAGCAAGGCGACGCAGCUGACGACGGCGGCAACGCGCAGAUUCGGCGCCUCGUCGCUGCACCAGCGCGACUCGCGCAGCGCCCUGUUUGCGGGCUACACGGGCGACCCGACGACGACGCGGCGCACGACGACGGCCAGCCCCGCCGCCGGCGGCUACGGAUACCCGAGCAGCGGCGGCUACCCGUCGCAGCAGCAGCAGCAGCAGCACAUGGGCCACGAGAGACCGGGCUUCCGGCCGGCGACGCCCAACCGCAAGGGCCAGUACAGCGACGCGGUGCUCAACGAGCUCGAGAGCCAGAACGAUGCCCAGGUCGAGGGGAUUCUGGGCAAGGUCAAGACGCUCAAGAACAUGACGAUUGCCAUUGGCGACGAGAUCCGCGACUCGUCGGCCCUGGCGGAAAAGAUGAACAACAGCUUCGAUUCGACGCGCCUGCGCCUGCGCGGCACCAUGAACCGCAUGCUCAUCAUGGCCCAGCGCACCGGCGUCGGCUGGAGGGUCUGGCUGGCGUUUUUCGCCGCCGUCGCCCUGCUCUUUGUUUAUGUCUGGCUCUUCUGA